AUGGAUAUCGCCGUGGAUUGCGUGGAAGACGCGUCUGAGCUUCUUUCACGCAGUAUCGAAAGCUGCGGGAACCAGUCGGAUCUCUUGCGCCGCACAUUUGUAAAGACAGCCCCGAGAUACGAAGCACUGGAUGAACAGGACGCGGACAGGAACGAGUUUCUUCCUCUCUUUUCACGGUUCUACUGGGAGCACGUUGUCGACUCGGAGUAUGCUGUCAUGGCUCUGUCGCCGAGAUUCCCGUCGAAAUCGCUGCGUCAAAUCUACCGCUGGGCGAAUGACGUUGGACAUGAGUCACUGGCUGGACGUAGCUUCAAACUCUAUCUUCAUCACCUGGCAUACAACAGUCAACUUGCAAUUGUUGCGGGAAACUAUGAUAAAGGUGAAGGCCAAGCGACUGAGGUUGUGCCAGUUCCGAUGUACCCGACGUGUUUGGAGGAAUGGCGCGAUAAUGACAGCGCUACCUACUGGUAUCCUGCUUGCUCCGACUUCGGCAGCAUUGACGCAAUUGUGAAAUUGAAGACUGACCAUGGUAUGAACCAAGUGGCGUAUCUUCAAUUGGCGGUUGCUACAGAAAUUCCCAUUGAUGCUACGGAGCUGGAGAAGCUAAACGCGAUAUUUUGGACAGCAGAGAUCAAGAAGGCUGGAGUCACGGUACCACCGAUCUACAUUGCAGUUUGCCCGGACCUGGAGGCGAGUCGGGCCUUGAUGCUCAGCUCUCAGCAAGACGUUUUAGCGGCACGGGAGAUCUGCGGCGUGAUGCCAGGCUACGAAGGCGGCAUCGCCAUGGUGAAGAUCCCCAGGAAUCAUACCGUGGCCGACUUGCAGAAAAUGAUAAAGGCCAAGUGCCCGACGUUUCUGCAAUUUAUCGAGUCUGACCAGCUCAUGCUGUUCUUGGCGAAGUUCGACGGCAAGUGGAUGCCCAUCCGUGGCCCGGAAGUGAACGCCAUGUACGCUGGAGACAUCCCAGAGCGAGUGGCCGAAAUCCUCACAAACCCAGCUAAGAUGCUUGCGCCGGAGCAGAAGAUUGGGGACUUGUUUUCCGACGUCCGGAUCUCGGACAUGGAGGUUCACUUCCUUGUGAAGCUUCCACCGACACUUCCUCCUCCCGAUCCACUGCAGGAACUCCCUUGGAAACUCGGAGUCAACGAGGCGAGAUGCGGUGGAGAACUUGAGCGCUUUCGAGCUGUGGGCCAGCGACUUAAGAGCUACCCGGACGUUCAACGUAUGGAAACCGCGAUUGCGAAGCUUACCGAGUCGAAUACGUUCCUCACUCCGUUUGUUGUUCUGGAGACCUCCACUGGCACUGGGAAGACGCAGAUGGCGUUUAACCUGGAGGCCAGUGGACGAUUCGACGUUGGCGUCUCCUCUUCAAGAAGGUGUCUUGAGCAAGACUUCCUACGCCUGAAAGCUGGGAGUAUUCGGGUGAUGCAGCAGUUCGAGAAGUUGCACUUGUAUGGCUUCGUCGCGGCGGCUCUGACAGGGGAAGAUAGAUUUACGAGUCCUGAUUCGCGCUCGGACGUGGAAGAAGCUCUCCAGCAGCGUCAACGGGAAGGAGCGAAGCCCUGCGUCUUCUUUCUCGACAAGUUUCCAUGUGUUGACGAUGGCUUCACGGACUCUGGUGUGGGCGAUCUACCGCUGCGGUAUCGGUGUAUGAGCAAUGUUUUCCGGCCCUUUGGUCUACCGGUUGUGCUUAGUACAAGCAGUGAAGCGCCCCGGCAGUGUGUUUCACUUGGCGACAGAUUCCAGGGUGUGGACAGCGAGUCGUCCUUGUGCUGUCAUUUCAGCGGUGGAGAAUGGGUGGAGAGUCUGAGUGCGCUAGUCGAAUUCUUGGCUCCAAAACUGAGGCGAGUCAAAAACUGCCGGUCGCAUGAAUUCGCGGUUGGCCAGCUCGCUUUACUUUUAGGCGGAACUUGUGCCGAGAUGGACGAGAGUAUGAGCUUAGUUGACGGCCAUUAUGCUCGUAUUGGAGAAACCGGACCGCUGGAGCUCUCGCGCAUGGAGGAAGGGGUGCUGCUACACAAUGGGAGCCCAUAUGUAUGUCAUUUCAGCUUCUCAGAACCUGAACGUGAUAUGCUUCUACAUCUAACGCUGCUAAGUGGGGUGGACAGCCAGGAUGGUGUCAAGUUUCAACCGCUGCCUGCACCAGUGGAUCAAUUGCUGCGUGACAAGGACGUUCAAAAGCGUCUGGGUCUGAAAUGUACCCGGGAUCGAUUAGACAGCAACAUUCUGGUUGCAAGCGUGGUCCACGCCAGUCGGAGAGGAGGCGUUCGUGGUUUGACGCUGCCGAAGUUCUUGGGUGGACUGCUAUACAACCUUUGCGUUCGCGACACAUUGGAGACGAUGGAGCUGCCCUGCGAUGGAAAGCGCUCCGAUGUCAACCAACUAGUGAUACCGUUUCUGUCGUCUUUGGACGCGCAGUGGCCCAUUUUGUUUCUGAACGAUAUGGAAGGUGGCGGUCUCGAAUUCGCCAACCUCUCCUGUGUCGACGGCGCCGAAGAUAUUGACGUGCACUUUAUGACUCAUCUGGAACCAUUUCCGUGA